CAAAUUCCAAAAGUUUAUGCGGUGAAAUGUCAGUGUAACAUCCAAAAUAAACAAACUGAACUUUAAAUGUUUAUUACAUAAAAGAUAAUCCGACGCUAAAGAAAAUAUGGUAACUCAAUCGAACGGUAUCGUAUUAAUUCAUUAUUUUAUCCCACCAUAAAAAAACAUGAAUAAACUCGUCCAAGUUCACCUAAAAGUACACAACUAAAAUAAUCGUGCCAUUUAAUUUUAAUCCACCCUUAAACGUACUCUAAUCUGUAAUAAAACUAGUUAAUAUCGCGAAUGUCUAUCCAAUUACGCCGGGAGAAUCGAUAAAUUCGCCUGUCAACCCUCUGAGCAUGCCCUAGGUGUCGCUCAGCUAACAUCCCCAUGCUACACCCCUGAACGUGGGUAGAUCAAUGGAUUACUUUGAUCGAUAUGAAGUUAGUACAAUUUAAUAAUGCAUUCAACGAAACGGAGCAAUUCUAACGAAAUUCCCCGCCGGAAAUAAGCUUGUUGAAGAGGUGCACGCGUAGGAUAUGACCAGUCAAUUAAAUGUGAUACAAAUUGUGAUCAGCGGGCGCCGGUUAGUGAGCGGAGUAUUUUAGUUAAUUUUUUAAUAAAUCGGUAAACAUGCAAACCCUAAGAAAGAAAACCAGUCCUAUGAAAUAUAAGAACGAAACUACUCGUUUUCUGGGCGACGGUGUCUGCUUCAAAGCCAAGCUGAUAGGUAUAUUGGAAGUGGCCGAAGCCAGAGGCGACCGGAUGUGCCAAGAAGCCCUCUCCGAUUUAAAGAUGGCCAUCCGGGCUGCCGGCGAGCACAAGCAAAGGAUCACCGUCAACGUGGCCAUCGACGGUUUGAGAUUACGAGACGAAAAAACCGGAGAUUCCUUGUACCAUCACCCGGUGCACAAAAUCUCGUUCAUCGCCCAGGACAUGACGGAUUCCAGGGCCUUCGGGUACAUAUUCGGCUCGCCCGACACCGGCCAUCGAUUCUUCGGCAUCAAAACCGACAAGGCCGCCAGCCAGGUGGUGAUCGCCAUGAGGGAUCUGUUCCAAGUCGUGUUCGCGUUGAAGAAGAAAGAAAUCGAAUUGGCCAAACAACACCUAGAAAAAAACUACUAUACGAGUUCUCCGUUAUUCCCCGAUUGCUCGAAGUUACAGAGCUCGGCCUCGCCGAGUUUACCCGUCACGACGGUCGAAUCGACGUUGUCUUCGGAUAGUAAAUCCAAUCGUGGGGCGAACGAACGACGAGCGAACGCCUCGGGCGCGGCCGUCGCCGAUUUGGUGGACCUCGAAUUGGAGUUGAACAGUCUCCAGCAGGGGCUCAAUCAAAUGGAGAAGAUCACGCCGUCGUCGGCGGAUCCGUUCGGUGCCAAAGACGAUCCGUUCGGAGACAGCUUCACCGUUUACCCGCCCGUAAGCCUAUUUUUGCCCGUAAGGCCGAUUUUGCCGCCGCCGCCUUCGACCGGCAGGGAGCGCUCGAGUCGCGGGACGUCCGAGUCCGGUUCGGUGUUUAGCCCGAAAACGCCCAGGACGGGGAAGGCUCCGACGAGGGAGAGGAAGAAGGACUUUUCGUUUUCGAGCGAUUUGAGCGGUUCCCGCGACGACGAGGGUUCCGAUUGGUUCGCGGUGGCUUCGGGCGAUGACGGAGUGUCGCAGGAGCUCGCGAAGCCUUCGAGGGACGAGAAACACGAGCGCGCCAAGCGGGAGAUUCUGUCCCAAUUCGACGUGUUUACCGAGCUGGAUCCCUUAGGUACGGGUCGGGUUAGGCCGUACAUUGACCGAAAGCAUUUCUUUCAAGAGCUGAAAAACCCCCCGAAGAAGGCGCUCAACGACCUGGUGGCCGGCGCCACCAAGGACAAGCCCCUCUUCGAUACGAAUUUCGCCGCCGCCUCGGCGGCGCCUCCCCCGCCCGGCGACUUCGCCUCCGAUCCCUUCGGCGAGGACCCCUUCGUCGAGGAGGACCCCUUCGCCGAUUCGGACUUCUCCAAGCAGGACCCCUUCGAAACGGAGUUCGCCAAUUUCAAAAAACAAAACGCCAAUUCCUUCCACGGCGAUUCAUCCAGAUCCCCCGACAAGCCGGGUUAUCUCCGCGCCAAUUCGACCACCAAAAUCGAUUCGGACAAACCCACCGACAUAUUCCACAGUCGUCUAUCGACCGACGACGGAGGAGAAGACGCCCCCGAACCGCCGCCGCGCCCCUCCAACCAACUCAUAUGCAUCAAACCGCCGCCGUUGCCGCCGAAGAAGAGCGCCGGCGAGUCGGGCGUCGCCGCCAACCGACCGCCUCCGCGACCUAUCAGGCCCGAAGGCGGCUCCUCGUCCCCCUACGAGUUUCUCGGCGCUUGCGAAUCGGCUCCGGCGACCGGCGACGACGCCGCGGGCGGUCCCCCGCUGCCGGCGCCUUAUAGAAAAUGGAAAUUCGAAGGGAGCGGCCCCGCGAGACCCGAGAAAACCGCCGACGAUGGGUACCUCACUCCCGUGGAGGCGGCCAAAAGCGCCGGAUCCGCCGAAGGAUUGUCGAACGGGGCCGGUCCGCCUCUUAGCGCUAGUGAUAAGGUGAAUACAACGACGGAAUUGGAUGGCCUCGACAUCACGCUCAGCCAGCUCACGCUCACCGGUCUGAGCGAGCUGGCCAGUAAACUCAACGUACCGGCGGCGCAGCUGAGCAAUAUGACGCUAGCCCAACUCACCGAUUACCUCUCCGAGCUGAUACGAUCGAGCUCCUCCGCCAAACCGCCGCCCGCCGCCCACUCGCAAGGCGAUCCGUUCGCCGAUUUCGCCGACUUCAAGGCGGAUUUCGACGCGACGGAGUCGCGCUCUGACGCUUCGUACGAUCGGUACGCCGUGUUCAGGGAGCUGAUGCGCGAGGAGAUCGGCAGAGGUCGCGCGGAGGCGGCCGAAACGCCCGAGGCGGUCGAAGAGAAACCGAAACCGGCGGAAUCGGAGGCGAAGCCUCCGAGCGAACGAGUCGAUCGGUACGCCGCUCUGCGCGAAAUCGUCGAGAACGAGCUGAAGCAGAGCGAAGAGGGAGUCGACGAGCCGGAUAAUAAGGAUGAUGUGGUGGAUACGCGCGAUAUAGAAGAGAAAUUGAACAUCAUCAAUCAGGAGAAACAGCUGCGAUCGGUUAACGACGACGAACAGAACGAGAAGAAAAUCAUCGAGUACAUUUCGCUGGGCGAGCACAAGAUGUCGGACGUCGGCGAGAAGAAACCGGCGACGAUACCGGUCAAAUCGCCGGUUAAAUCGAAUAUAAUCAAGAGCCCCGUGCCGAACGUCAUCGCCGAGAUGGUGCAGAACAACGCCCGGCUCACGUCCGGCUCGCUGUCGGACGUGAUUUCGGGCAGCUCGCCCGAAAUCGAUCACACCGCCAGCAAUUCGGAGCCGGGGAAGAAAAUCGACGACGUCACCGGCGAAUCGUGGGCGAUAUUCGAUCGGGACGCCGUCCGUGCGGACGCGUCGAAGGACAAGCGGCCCGUGCAAAGCGAGGAGGGCGCCUCGCCGUGGUCGAGCGACUCGAAGGAAUUCGGCGCCGGCUCGCCGCCCGAAUGGCGCAGCAAGGACUCUGGCAGCGGCACCGAUCCCUUGCCGAGGACGAGGAGGAGGGACCGCGACGGAUGGUGGGACGCCAACGACGCGGCGGAACCGGACGGCCGCUACUGUCCCGCCAACCGGCGAUCGACCGACAGCUACGACGAGGAGUACUACGAGUGCUACGACAGGCCGCGGCGACGUCGCAUGCCGAGCAGCUGGCAACACGGCGGCGGCGGCGGCGGCGGCGGGCACUCGUCGAGCUCGCGGGACGUCAGCCCGUGGGAGGAGGAGCCGCGCAGGCGGGAACUGAGAGAGCACGGCAGGGGCUCGGCCUACCGGCACGCGGGCUCCGGGCGUUCGUUCGAUAGGAGAAGAGACAGAAGGCUGACCGAUAGUUGGGACGAAGACGAAGAUUACGAGUACGAAGAUGAUCAUCUAUCGAGGCAUUGGUCGGAGCGCCACGUGCCCCGCGAAACCGACAGAGACGGUAGUAGACACGGCACGGGCAGUAGGGAUCGGGAUUUGGAUAGAUGGCGCGAGGAUCGCGUCGAUGACAGGCGACACAAGCGCAGGAGGGACGGGCGAGACAGGCGAUGUUGUCCCGAUUGGGAGCAGACCGAACACGAUAAAAUUCGGGGUUACGGGAGCGGCAGGCGGAGGGACCGCGAGCAGCCGGACGAACGGUACUACAGCAAGGAUUCGCAGGAGUCCCCGUGGGAGGACGAGUACUCGAACGACGCCGACGAAUCGCCGCGAUUCGUCUCUUGCCCCGCCGCCAAGAGGAACUGGAAACAGAGGCCGAGCAGCGCCUCGGAGAUGGACAGGAAAACGGGCGAGAUCAAAUCGCGACAUCAUCCCGCCACCGGAGGCAGCGACGGGGAGCGGGACAGGCAUCACAAAUCCACGAGGCGGUCGCGCAGCCGCGACUCGCAGUACUCGGAGCCGCCGCCGUCGGCGACGACGUCGUCGUUGCACCGGCGCAAACCGGAGGCGGCGGCGACGUCGCCGCGCCAUCCGCACCGCCUGAAGGUCGAGAAGGCGCCGCCGGCGGCGGCUUCGGCGUCGAUUCGCAAGCAGCCGGAGGCGACGAGUACGUUCCCGCGGCGAGCGACGGCGGCGGCGAGUCGCGCCCGGUCGGCGUUCGAGAACGAUUUCGUGGCGCCCCGAGAGGUCGAAAGGGCCGAGGGGGCGGCGGUGAAGGUGAACUUCGAAAGCGAUUCGGAUAAAUCGUCGCCUAUGGAGAGGCCGAGACCGGUGGUGGUGUCGAAGGCGGCGGCGUCGCCGAGGUACCACCAGAAGGCGAAGUCGCACCGGUUCGAGGACGAUUUCUCGCCGGGCGAUAAGGCGCCGCCGCACGAGGACGGCAUAUCGAGCAUCAAGGAGGAGGAGGCGGACAGGGAGGAGGACCUGGAGGAGGAGGACAACGACGAAUUCGCGGUGGAUCGUUUCGAGAGGGUGGCGAACGGGACGAGGAGGCCGUCGACGAGGAGGCGUCGAUUUUCGAGCAAUUUGCGGCCGUCGGGCGGGGACGCGGGCGUGAGGAAAUCGGAAUCGGUGGACAUCUUCGCCAGGGAGGACGAUCCGUUCGAUGACGAUUUCUUCUGCGGCGGUGGUGGUGGGGCGGCCGGGGUGGCGUCUGCUGUUAGGUGUACGGAGUUGAGGUGGACCGAUGAUUAUUCGAAUGAUUAGGUAGAUUUUAUAAGAAAAAAUUGAUUGAAUUUCGCUGUGCUGGGCUCUCGGCGUUGUCGAAUCGUUCUCUGUUUAGUAAAAGGCCGGGCUUUUAUUGUACCGAUUGUUUAGGAUGAGUACGUGGUUGAAUAAUAAUAAUUUUUUAUGAAUAGAGAACGUGUGGGUUUUUAAUGAUGGUAAAAUUGUCGAGAAAUUGCACAGCGAGUGUUACCGUAAAUGAAUGCAUUUUAUAACAUUAAUUUUAUAAUACUGAGAAGUUUAAUACGCUCUCUACUUAGGGAAAUUAAGUGAUAACCAUGUUGAUAUUAUUUUAAUAUUUUUUAUAUGUAUAUAAUUUGGCCCCGAUUUUACUUAAUAAGCAGCUAUUAAUUUAUAUAUUAUUUAAAGCAGAACUACUCGUACUUUCAGAAGAUGUAUUAUGACGAACUUUUUUUUUGUAUGUUUUUUUAUUUAAUUUUAAUAUUUUAUUGGAUUGUUGUGCGUUUAUUCUACCUCCUUUUUUCUCAAUAAAGUUUUUAUUUGA